UUCUCUUCUGUUAUUCACAAAACAAACAAUCCUGAAUAUCUUUUGUCUGGGUAUUCGGCAUUUCUCCGCAAAAGCAGCUUUGAGCCUAGGCAACUUACAAGUAUUACCGCUGAUAAGCGAUUCCAACCCCGGCUUCUCCAGGAAAACCGGCCUCGCUGUGGUGGCCGACGACCCUGGGCCGAGGCUAUUGGAGGAGCUACCACCUUGGAGAUUCGCACACUUCUGACAUCCUACUUCUCUCUUUCACCUGCAGAUUCAAUUCUUGACCUCGCUCCAUUUCAUACCGAGAGCGCUCAGGUACCAGCCAUUCAGAUUGCAAAAAAUGACCUCCGUCAUGAGAGCGUUGCGGCCUGUGGCCCAAAGAGCCACAGCCUUGGCGGCACGGCCAGCUCUGAGAACUGCGAGACCUACGAGGAUAUACCAACAUGCGAGGCCUUUAUCUGUUACUGCCCGACGACGCAGUGAAGCGAUCGACAUCACCGAAAUUCCCCCCACGCCUAUUACGCACCUGUCCGAGAUAGAGAGUGCCAUGCAAGAGUCAGUGGCCAAAUUUGCAAAUGAAGUUAUUGCGCCUAAGGUCAGAGAGAUGGAUGAGAACGAGAUGAUGGACCCCGCGAUUGUGGAGCAGCUCUUUGAGCAGGGAUUGAUGGGCGUCGAGAUCCCCGAGGAAUACGGUGGCGCGGGCAUGAACUUCACUUCUGCCAUUAUUGGAAUCGAGGAGCUGGCCAGAGUUGACCCUAGUGUCAGUGUUAUGUGCGAUGUGCACAACACUCUGGUGAACACGGCUAUCCUGAACUGGGGGAGCACCGAGAUGAAGAAGAAGUGGCUGCCAAAACUGGCAACCAACACCGUUGGGUCUUUCUGUCUUUCCGAACCUGUUUCAGGGUCAGAUGCCUUUGCCCUUGCCACCAAGGCGACCAGAACCGACUCGGGAUACAAGAUCACAGGAGGCAAGAUGUGGAUCACCAACUCGAUGGAAGCCGAUUUCUUCAUUGUCUUCGCAAACCUCGACCCAAGCAAGGGCUACAAAGGAAUCACAGCAUUCAUCGUUGAGAAGGGCAUGAAGGGAUUCUCCAUCGCCAAGAAGGAGAAGAAGCUUGGUAUCAGAGCUAGUAGCACGUGUGUGCUCAACUUCGACGAUGUCGAGGUUCCCAAGGAAAACCUUCUUGGUGUAGAGGGUCAAGGCUAUAAAUAUGCCAUAGGACUGUUGAACGAAGGCCGUAUUGGAAUUGCCGCUCAAAUGACCGGUCUCGCCCGCGGUGCCUUCGACAACGCGGUGAAGUAUGUAUGGAACGACCGAAAACAAUUUGGCCAAUUGGUCGGUGAUUUCCAGGGUGUGCAGCAUCAAAUUGCGCAGGCGUACACUGAGCUUUCUGCUGCCAGGGCGUUAGUGUUCAACGCCUCGCGAAAGAAGGAGGCGGGCGAGAACUUUGUUCAGGAUGCUGCGAUGGCCAAGUUGUAUGCUUCGCAAGUUGCCCAGAAGGUUAGCGGUCUUGGUAUUGAGCUCAUGGGAGGCAUGGGAUUUGUGCGAGAAGGCAUUGCGGAGAAGAUGUGGAGAGAUAGCAAGAUAGGGGCCAUCUACGAGGGCACGAGCAACAUCCAGCUGACAACGAUCGCCAAGCUGCUCAAGGCUCAGUAUACCAAAUGAGCAGCUACCUUGAGAGAAAAUACAAAAGUAGUAUAUUAUUAUUAGGCCCCGACGGCAAAGCAUGUGUAUGUGAGUAGGUAGAUGCCGGAGUGAGUAGCUCGGAAUACAGCAAGUACCUAUACGCCGGGGCCGCCG